AUGACUCGGGGUAACCAACGUGACAAUGAUCGGGCCAAGGCUCUGAAGAAGGCCGGCAACUCGAAGAACAAGAACACCCUGACCGGCAGCGAAUUCGCCAAGGCCAAGGAUGAUGCUGCUGCCAUCAUGCGCGAGAAGCAGCGGAAGGCGGAUGAAAAGAGAGCCGCCGAGGCUGCAGGAGGAGGCAAAAAAUAA